AUGGGAAACCUGGCAUUUCUUGACCAAGCCAGUAUUAUUCCCGCGAACGAGACCAUUCAUCUAAGUGAUGGCUUGAAAGGGGUCGAGAUAUACUUAUCUAUCAUCUCAAUCAUUAUCGUCGCGCUGACCUACAUUGUCUUGAUUGGACGUGCUGGCUACCUGAUCAAUGUCAGCAAACUUCCUCUCGCGCCGAUAGGAAAAAACAUCAGCGCUAUUCUCGCCACCACUUGGCCAGAUGAGACUUGCGAUCGGCAUGUUCUUCCCCAUGAAAAUAAACGGCAUUUAAACAACAUCAGGCUCCUUUACCUCGGUGUCCUGAGCUCGGAAUCAAUAGAGCAUCGAGUCGCCAAAGGCCUUGCUCAAUGCCGUGCUGAAUGCCGAGCGAACAAGAGGGAAAUCCGUGGUGGUCAUCUCUGGCUUACAAGUGGCUCAGUAGCAACCAAAGCCGUUGUUCAGCUGGCGAUCUGGGAAUGGGCCAGCUUCUGGCUGAUGUGCACAACAGUGGCAACAACCGUCAUAUUCAAUGGUUUCACGAUAGGUAUACAGAGCAACGACAGCAUGCCUCGACUUGUGGUCAUCAUCAUAUUUGCAGUUGGCUACCUCAUCCAUCUCUGCUUCGUGUGGUCUUCAGUCCUGUACUUCCUCACGCAAGUUGGUGCGGGCGCAGCAUGGAGCCUCCUGCAUCGGGCCCGCUUCGCUGUCGUGGACCGCUGCCAUCUCUUCAAUUGCAUCAGAGAUAACAAAAGCCCUCUCAAUUUCACUGAAAUCGACAAAUCGAGUGCAGGUUCCGACUUCAUUCCUAUGACCUAUGAAGCCGUACUUCCGGGGCGAACGGAUCGUCCACCCGCAAUCCAGCGCUCACUCAAUGAGACAAAAGUACUUGAGGCCGCCAUGAAAAGCAUGAAAAAUGACCAAGAAAAGGCACGAAACAGCUUCCAAACCGCUGCCGAAAGUGCCCUGGAGCGUGUUAUUGCCAAUGCUGCGGCCAUGCUCAGUAUCUGCGUCGUUACAGGCUUCAGUACCUACACAACAAAGCCCCUGCAAGACGACUCCAGCACGCAGAUUGGAUCCAUCGCCUUGUUGGGCUCAGCACUGCUAGGUCUUGCCGCCAUGUUCACAAGCGCCUUGCAUCUCAGUAACAUGGAUACUGCCUUCCAGCAAAUUCUCAGCAUGAAAGAGCUCAAGAUCAACGGCAAUGCCGUCGAAUACGUAACGAGACGCAUCUACCAGGGUAGAAGAGUUGGUUUCACGCAAGGCUCAUUGCACGCUAGGAAAGUCACACUGUGGCAUCUCCUCCGGGCAAUGAAUUGGUGGAAUAGGAUUCUUAGCCUCAUGUUUGGGCCCGCAUAUGCCCUCCUUCCCACUGCGGAUGAUGAUACGCGACGCUCGACAGACGCUUCAUUUGAGUGCAAGAUCGAUGUCAGAGGUCAAGAUGUAGUAUUCACUACUGCCUGUACGAGCAGCCAUCGCAGGAAUCAGAGUAACGGCAAUAACGCCGAUGCAAUUGUUGUGUACUGUAUUUACCGCCAUACGAGACAGACCGCAUUCAGAAGGCAGCAGAGUCAGAGAAUAGACUCAGCUGUCGACUUGCAUGACUGCUAG